CUGUAAUCACUACUGCAGUGCUUUUUUUUUUUAAGUCAAUCCAAUCUCAUAAUGACGAGUCCCUGUUCUCCUCCUGAAUGCCAACUGUCGGCGAUUCCGGAGAAGCCACAGUCCAAAAGUUCUCAAGGGUCGGGUGACGCUAUCAUUAACAUUGACAGCCGUGCCACGACUGCUGUUAAUACGACUAAUUCCUACCAUUCUAGCGUGUCUCUGUCACAUGCAAAGAGCGAAAUCAAAGAAACAAUCACCGUACCGCUGCAGGAUUACCCAAGCGGUUAUCCCCGUCAAGCUGCCUUUCAAUCUAGCGAGCCGAGCUUCUCGAUAUACCGCUGCUUUAAUUAUCUUCACUCCCGUGUUCUUCUAGAACUCCAAGAUCAACUACGGGUUCUGGAAAGCGACCUUACGGACCUAGACAAUCUCGAUCUUGAAAAUGGCCAAGAGAAGAGAUUGAAAUCCCGUGCAUAUGAUCUCCGACAAGCUAAAAAGGAAAAGAUCGAGAGUGAACGCGCGGGGCUUAUAGCCACAAUACGAGAUAAACUUGUUAAUUAUGAUGAGAUACUUGUAAAGGCCAGAGAACUCAAUACCUUCCAGCGGCCCUCUAAGCGGGAUUACGGAAGCUUCCGAACCUGGUUCUGGAACGAGAAGCCGUUAAGUUAUGAGCUUGAGGAGCAGUUCAUCAAGCGCAAGGAAGACUUGGUCACACUAAGGCAUGGACGAGAGUGGGCCGGAUUCGACGGGCUCAUUGAGGAGUUGAUCCGCAAGUUGCAUUGUCCUUUGACCCAAAAAAUAUUUACCACACCUGAACUCCGCGCCAAAACGAACAACAAGUACAUCCACUACUACUCCUCAUCACGUAUUGAGAAGCUUGUUGGACUCAUCAUCACCUUCAUCAUAUUCGUCCUUCUCAUUCUCCCAGUAGUCGCUAUGUACAGGCUUACAAGCAUUACCUAUCGUAACACGAUCUUCGAUGCCAUUGGCAUCCUAGUGGUGUUCACGCUUCUGUUCUCGGCGGCAAUGUCAUUGCUUACGAGGGCCAAGCGACACGAGCUGUUUGCCGCUUCAGCGGCAUAUUGCGCUGUCCUAGUCGUGUUCAUCAGCAACUUCGGCUCCCAAGCUCCCGUAGGUUAACCCGGAUGAAGUUCUGAUUCACUCUUGUGUUAUUGAUUGGUAAUUCCGUUUCAUUAUUUAAAGCUCUUUCGGUAUCUUUUCAUAUGUACUCCCAACUUAUUGAUUUUGAAAAACAUAUUCAAACCCCGUUGCCUCCAAAAGGCCUUUUCCGAGAACGCCACGCAUUCUAUUCUUCCUUCGAAGUUAAGUUUCCACCACAACUAGCACUUUAAAUGUCUUCUUUUGCUAGAUCUUUACUUUUUGUAAUUGGUGACGAGUUUUUCUUGUCCUUCAUAAUGUAUAUUGCUCUCUGCAUAUAUUUAAACAAGCUUGGAGUCUAUAAUACAGACCAUGUUUACUUG